AUGGAACGAGCUGUCCAACCUGUUGGCCUUCCCCAUGAAGAUGGAUUUGGCUUCCUCGGGUUUUAUGCCCUUUUCCAUCAUGAUGAUGACCAGACCAUGCUCAUCCAGCCCACGUCUGCCUGCACGCCCGGCCAUCUGUAUGUACUCGCCAGAUGUGAUGAGCCUGUUCGUCUGACCAUCCCACUUGUUGAGGCUGGUGAACACCACGCAUCUUGCCGGCAUGUUGACACCCAUGGAGAACGUUUCAGUGCUGAAGAGCACCUUGAUGAGCCCUUCUUGGAAGAGGAUUUCUAUUAUCUCCUUUAUAAUCGGUAG